AUGCUGGUGUCUGCUGCUGUCGGGCAGAUCGCCGAGUUGAAGAGUGAGGCGCUGCGUGAUCGUCACUGGCGCGACAUCCAACGGCGUCUGCACGUGACAUGGGCCAUGGCUGACCUUCGCCUGGCUGACGUGUGGGGCGUUGACUUAGUGGGAGCCAAUGAGUCCACUGUACGCGAUGUACUGACCCAGGCACAGGGCGAGAUGGGCCUGGAAGAGUUCCUGCGCAUGAUCAAGGACACCUGGAGUGUGUAUGAGAUUGAGCUGGUCAACUACCAG